ACCGGAAGCAGGAAAUGGCGUCAACGUCGACGUGCGAAAUUCAAACUUCUGUAACAAAACAUCUCUCUGCCGGGGGGCUUUGCUCUGCCAUAUGGUUGUUGACUGACCUCACCUUCUUCUGCUCAUAUUUUCACAUAAACUCAGGCAGGUUUAUCUUCGCCCGGCUGAAGCAGGAAGGAUGCCGGUGGAACGGGCGGAGCACCGCGGAGCCGACGAGCUCUUCAAAUACUAUGAGGUUUAUGAGACCAUCGGCUCAGGAGGCUUCGCUAAGGUCAAGCUGGGUCGACACAUCCUGACAGGAGAGAAGGUUGCCAUUAAAAUCAUGAACAAGAAGGAUCUAGGGGAUGAUCUACCUCGUGUGAAGGUUGAGAUUGAGGCCAUGAAGAACCUUAGUCAUCAGCACGUUUGUCGCCUCUACCACGUCAUAGAAACCUCCACCCAGAUCUUCAUGGUGCUGGAGUACUGUACAGGUGGGGAGUUGUUUGACUACAUCAUAGCAAAGGACCGUCUGUCUGAGGAGGAGACCAGAGUGUUCUUCAGACAGAUUGUGUCUGCGAUGGCCUAUGUCCACAGCCAGGGAUACGCACACAGAGACCUCAAACCGGAGAACUUGCUGAUUGAUGAAGACCACAACUUGAAGCUCAUAGACUUUGGAUUAUGUGCCAAACCUAAGGGAGGUUUGAGUUAUGAGCUCAUGACAUGCUGUGGCAGCCCUGCGUACGCUGCUCCUGAACUCAUCCAGGGAAGAGCAUAUAUUGGUUCAGAGGCUGACGUGUGGAGUAUGGGAGUGCUGCUGUUUGCUCUGCUCUGUGGAUACCUGCCCUUUGAUGACGACAACUGCAUGGUCCUCUACAGGAAGAUUACAAGAGGUAAAUAUGAUAACCCACGGUGGCUCUCUCCAGGCAGCAUCCUCCUCCUCAACCAGAUGAUGCAGGUGGACCCCAAGCUGCGUGUGACUGUUCGACAGCUGCUGGACCAUCCCUGGGUGAUGAAAGACUACAACAGCCCUGUAGAGUGGCUCAGCAGGCAACCGCUUGGUCACAUAGAUGUGGACUGUAUCACUGAGAUGGCCGUCAACAUGAAGCGAUCUCGGGAGAGCACCACAGCACUUGUCAAGGAGUGGCGGUAUGACCAGACCACAGCCACCUACCUGCUGCUGCUGUCAAAGAAGCAGAGGGGCAAGCCUGUCCGCCUGCGCCCUGAACCAACAGUCUGUGAGGACUCCUGCUCUCCACUGCACCAGGGAAUACAGACUAGGAACACCCUUCACUUCAGCGAGGAUGAAGACGCAGUGGUUGUCGGUUCUCUCGACUUUUGCUCAGAGUACAUUGAUGACUGUCCGUGGGUUUCAGGCACACAAUACACACCCCAGGGGGUCAGAGGUCAGCCAGAUGGAUCUGCAAACAACAAAGACAUGAGACUAGCAUCUCCGGCCGUGGAGAGGAGAUGCGCUUACAGCCCGAACCCAGACAGGGGGCGAACAGUGACAACACCUCACUGCCAAGAAAGAAGGGGCAGAGACCAGACUGCUGAAAACAAGGAGAAUAUUGCUGUGCAGGACAAAGAUGUUGACAUAUUUGCGUUGCCUCCUCCACGAACUCCUGUGUCCAGUAAGAAGAAUGCACGACCCAAUAAGAAUGUGCUGACAACACCUAAUCAAAAUGCAAAUGGCACUAAAACCAACGCAGUAACACCCAAAGGUGGAGGCAGCGCAUCCAAAGAGCAAAGUAAGAAGAGGGCAGAGAACAAGGAGUUUCCAAACAUUGAAAUAAUGGCCUUCAGCCCUGAGCGAAGGUCUCGGUCUCUGGACUUGGCUGUUACUGGAGACAGUGGGAAGAAAAAGAGAGGAGGGAAAGUGUUUGGUUCCCUGGAGAGAGGCCUGGAUAAGGUGAUCACCAUGCUCACACCCAGCAAGAGACGAGCCCUGCGUGAUGGCCCGCGCAAGAUCAAGGCACAGUACAAUGUUACUCUGACCAGCCAGACCAACCCAGACCAGGUCCUGAACCAGAUCCUCUCCAUCCUGCCGGAGAAAAAUGUUGAUUUCACACAGAAAGGUUAUACCCUGAAGUGUCAAACACAGGGCGACUUUGGGAAGGUAACCAUGGCGUUUGAGUUGGAGGUGUGCCUGCUGCAGAGGCCUGAGGUCGUGGGGGUUCGCCGCCAGAGGCUGAAGGGAGACGCCUGGGUCUACAAGCACCUGGUUGAAGACAUCCUCUCCACAUCCAGUAUCUAAAUAAUGCACUUUCCAGCAAUACCAUUUCAGUUCAAUAAAGGGUGAUUGAUCAGUGUUUGAUGGUGUCUUUGCACAUUAAUGAUCAGUCAUUCAUUAUUCAUUGUGAAUAUUUAAACCUGUCCGUAGCCUAGUUUAAAAUCCCUUGACUAGAUGUUGAUUUAAAUUUAUGAGCAUUACAUGUCAGCAUCCUGUACAAAUCUUGUUUUGUGUAGAAUAUUGUUUUACUAACUUACUCAUAAGCUAAAUAGGAUAUGCGCCAACCCUCUCGAGAUGAAUAUGUGUUUGUAUGAAAUGAAACAACGCUAUUUACAGCAUACCUUCUGGCUACUUAUUUCCAUAUUUAUGUCUUGAUGCUGUUAUUCUCCCCUGUAGGCGCUCAACUUGAUUGAAUAACAUAAAGAAACAGAGCAUUGCCAAUUUACUGUCAUUGUUUUUUGAUGUUUAUGUUUACAUGUCUUCUAUCAUGAUGUUUUUACAUGGUUGUCUCGUCCGCUUUUAUGUUUUUGUCUAGUUUUAAACUAACAUUGUGUCUGAUCCUUCUGACAUGUAAAAAGAGCAAAAUAAAUGGUUUUCUAGCAAAUA